UUCCUGCGGCUGCGCCGGCGCCCCGGCUUCCCCGAGGGGAACUUCCUCUCGCCCGGCCGGAGGGAUGGCGGAGAAGCGGGUGGAUCCCGGGCAAAGCGGGCCGCCGCUCCCCGCCGCUGCGAUCCAGCCUCCCUCCCUUCCUGCUCGGCUCGGGUCACUUCCGCGGCCCCCAAGAUGGAGGAGCAGGAGGAGGAGCGGGAUCCGCGGCUGAGGCUGAGGCGGCAUCUUGGGGGGCAGGAGGAGCAGCAGCAGCGGCAAACGGGCCCAGGCGAGGCCGGUAGGUCUCCCCGCUUACGAAGGAAGGAAGGCCGCCUGGGAGGAGCGGCAGGCCGGGCGGCCGCUUUCGGACCGGCCUUGGUUGAAACUACCAGCAUAGAGAAGAAGGAGAAGCCGCUUCUCAGACUUAACAUUCACUCUGCAUUCUGGAUAUUGGCAUCAAUAGCUACUACAUACUACAUUGAAUUUUUUAAAAUUGUUAAAGAGAUUAUUCAGCAAGAAAGCUGGUGGUUUAUACUCGGCAUUUGCUUAUUGAUUAUCAGUUUGUCUGUGGCCUUUUAUUGCAUAAUAUAUCUUGAGUGGUAUCAUGGAAUCGAGGACUAUGAUGCCACCUACCCUGCACUGAUACCCAUAACGACUGCUAGUUUUAUUGCGGCAGCAGUUUGUUUUAACAUUUCUUUAUGGCCUAUAUGGUCUUUCCUCACACCUGUGGUGCUCUUUGUCCAGUUCAUGGGUAUUGUGAUGCUUGUGUCGCUCCUGGGCUAAAUCUUUUAUGAAAAGCAAAUGGUGGACCUGCCGGCAAAUGUACUUGGAUACACUGGGAUCCUGGGAUGAAGACCUGCAAGCCAAUCUCAAGCAACUUGUGUUUAAAAGGGAGAUUCACUUGAAUUGUUAAACUUGUUUUGUGUUUAAUAGGGACACUUUUACUUUGAACUAUGAUCUUAAACACUGGGGAUAGAAGUCAUUUAAAUGAUAACAGAAAAUCAUAGUUUUGCUAUUGUGCUGGCAUAGCUAUUGACUUAACCUAUAAGUGAAAUCAUAAGUGAUUAUGUUUAAGAAGUUAAUAACAGGGACACCUAUCACCCUUUUAAAAAAUAGUUACGUUCAUGAUAUCUUUGAGAGCAAUGAAAAAGUAAAUCUCCAAAUUGCUGAAUGAUUAGUUGUUUGAAUUUUUAAAUAUUAUAUAAAAACA